CUUUACGAAAAAGAAAAAGGGAAACAAAAGAAAAUAAAGAAAAUAAAAAUCUUAGCUUGUCUUUGAGAGAUUCUACGCUCACUAAUCAAAGCAAUGGCGGAUCCUUACUACAGAUACGCCCCCCCUGAAAGAGACAUCACAGAUACACGAGCUGCAUUUCCGGGUUAUCUUCCUUCAGAGGCUUCUACCUUAGCAUCCCGGCCUUCAUGGGACGGUGGUAGUCUUCGAACUUCAGUGGAGUUUGGAAAAAAUGAUGUAUUACCAUUAUCUCGAGAUUAUGGGUUGGGUGAUUUUCAAAGAAUAGACACUCAAGUGACCCCCGGACUUGGUGGAUUGACUGCUGGAGCUAGUGUUAGAGCCUUCACUCCUUUAGAAGAUCCAGCUCUAUUAAGAAGAGAUGUUCCUCUGAAUGUUAAGCCUAGCAUUGUGGAUUAUGAACCUCCUGAUCCUCUGAGAAAACCUGAGGGCUUAGCGGCUGACGAAUCGAACAUUCUGUUUGUUGAUGGUCUGCCGAAUGAUUGCACAAGAAGAGAAGUAGCUCAUUUAUUCCGACCUUUUAUUGGUUUCAAGGAAAUUAGGGUUGUCCAUAAGGAGGCUCGUCGGUCUGGAGACAAGGCUUAUGUUCUGUGUUUUGUUGAGUUCAACGAUUCCAAAUGUGCCUUAACUGCUAUGGAUGCUCUUCAAGGUUAUAAGUUUGAUGACAAGAAACCGAAUGCACCAGUUUUAAGGAUCCAGUUUGCAAAGUUCCCCUUCCAGCUAACCAGUCGCGAUGAGAGGAGGCAUGGGAGCGCACAUUGACAUAUUAAUGGCAUAAAAAUGAAGCGAGAAUGCAGUAAUAUAUUCCAGCAAACAACGUGAAACUAGUGAUUAUGCUCGAUUUUUUUUUGCUGCAUACAUGAUAGCUUUAAUCAUAUGUAUGUUUGCUGAGAGAGGCAACUGGGUAUUUAAGCGUGUAAUCUCUAUCUAUGUCAGUAUCUUGGAAUUUUUUUGUCUUUUUGGUACGUUUUUAGUCUCUUUAGCUUUGACAUGGGCAUUAGUUUCGAUAUAAUGCUGCAUAAAUAACUCAAGGUUAAUCUUAUUUUCUUAUUUUCUUUA